UUUUUCUUUUUUUCUCUCUCUGUAUUUUCCCACGAAAAAUCCUCAAACUCAAAACAAACACACAAACACACCCUUUUAUUAUUCCCUCUCUUCUCUUCAAUCCCUCAAAAAACCUUUAAAGUUUCAAUCUUUCUUUCUCUAACCCUUUUCUCUUAUUCCCUCUUCCUUCAUUCCUCAACCACAAAGCUGAAACCUUUCACACAAGGUUCCUUCACUUCCCUCUUUUUUUCCGACAUGGGGUUCUCGCAUUCGGACUUAGAAUCGGAAUCCAAGAAGUGGGUAAUUGCCGGAAUCGGUGUUCGCUCGCUCAAACCCAUCAACACAAAGCGCGUUGGCGGCGGCAGCGGUGGCGGCGAUGCUGAGAACGAAGAAGAAGAAGCGCGUUCCACGACGCCGACUGCCAAGGAGGCGAGGAUACCGGAAAAGUUUCCGUGCCCGCCGGCGCCGAGGAAACGCCGACCACCGCCGUCGAGGUGUGGUAACGGCGGCGGCGGCGGUGUGAGAGAGUUCUUCACACCUCCUGAUUUGGAAAGUGUCUUCAAGUGCCAUGUUGAGAAAGCCAAAUGAAUGAUUCCACCUCAUUCAACUAACAACAACAUCAACAAAACAAGGUUUUAGAAGAGAAGAAUUGAGGUGUACUUGUAUUUGGUCUUGGAAAUUUGGUUCCUCUAAAGUGAGCAAUUUGUUUCAUAGGGUCUCAUAUAGUAUAAAGUAAGUAAUCUCAGUCGUUGAUGGAAAAAUCAAUAGUUGAUAUUACGUGCACAUACACAAACAAAUUAUGUAUGUGCUCGUUAUAUGAGGUGCACAUACAGGAUAAAUUGUGUAUGUGUCCGUGACUUCAUGAAUGGUUGGAAUUACUUAUAGCAUAGGGGUCAAAUUUUUGUUCUGAAUGCUGGUUGUUGCUCUUUCUUCUUUUCCUCGCAAAAGGAACAAGAACUUGUGUAUAAAGUAUGAAGGAAAAAAAAACUUAUGAUAUUUAGAAGUUAGAAAGGAGUAGAGUAGUUUUUUUUUUUUUUUUUUAAAUUUUGAUUAGAGGCUAUUAUGUAGUUUAUUUAGUUCUGUUUUUUUUUUAUUUAAAUUAUUAAUGAGAAGCUUUAAAUAUUUAUUUUGA